UGGUCGCCGUCAUCGUCCGCUCUGACGCCGACGCCGGUGAUCACUACCGCCAACGUCGCGCCGCUUUGACAUGCGCGUCUUUUGUUCUUGACCGUCAUCAUUCCUCUUAUUCGCUUCCGUCUCCGCUUAUAUAGGGCUCGCUUUUCGGGGCUUCUCCUCAUUCUCUUGUCUUCGACCUCGUUCUUGGAUAUACUGUCAAUGUGCUCAAUGGCGACCAUGAAGAUGAACUCUCCGCUCCUCGCUGGCUCAAAGGCAGGCUCGCCGAUCAUCGCUUCUCCCGCCGCGCCUUCACCCUCUAUCUGGCAAGGUCUACUCAACGGACAAGAGAAAGAGAUGCUCAACGCGACCUCUCCGCAAUCCACAUCGCCGUCGAACUUCUUCUCCACGAUCGACUUCGCCCUCGAGAUCCAGGUCGAACGCGCUCGCACUCUCGAAGUUCUCCGCGCCCGCGACGCCGUCAUCGUCCGACUCUCCGAAGCCUACACGAAGCUCCAUGAGAAGACCGUCGAGGUCGACAGGCUCCAGGACACGCUCAAUCGCCUCCUCCCCGACUCGCCGACGCAGAGCAGCGCGAUCACGAGCAAGAUUGCGCAGGAGAGGCAGCAGUUGGUGGACAUGCAGAAGACGAUCGAAUCGCUUAGGGAGGAGAUCCGGGCGCUGAAGCUGGCCGCGGAAGAGCAAGCGAGGGUGCAACCACCGCCAAAGUAUGAGGCUAGGCUCCCGGUGCGUGACUCGGAGGUUGCCUGUCCGUUCGCGAGUCUGGAUCUGCGACAGCUUGCUCCCCCUGCGCCGCCUAUUCGUCGACACUCUGGCUCCGCGCUCUCUUCUGGCUCUGGCUCUGGCUCGGUGACAAGUACGCUUCUGGACACUGCGGACGACCCCAAGGUCGACGGAAAAGGCUCUCCUCAAACGUUAUCAGCGUCGGAAGACCCGAAGGCAAUCCAUGAGGCCCGAAACAAGAUACUCUCAUCGCUCCCUGUGCCGUCUGAGGCGCCUGAAGAUAGCUUGACUCCGAUCCUUUUGCCAAAUAACAUGACACUGCAAGAUUUCGUUCAGACGCUCCCUGUGCACGUCCGUACGAGCCUCGGCAAUUUUAAAGCCCUAUACGAGCCAACGACUUGUUGGUCCCCCGGCCAUGAUGAGCAUGGGGCUUGGCGAACCCCACUCAUUGCUUUUACCAAGAGAAGGGCGCGUGGUACUACGCGGGGGUAUACCAAUGCUUCCGCUUCCCCGAUCUCUCGGUCAGGGAGUGGAAUGAACUGUCGGACGAGGCCACGCAGUCCAUCGCCAAAGAGACCCUCGCCGCGCGUCGGAACACCUCCCCGCAGCACUUCUUUGAGGUGAAGGAACUGUAUGGCGCGGGUGCGCUGGCCGUAGCAUGC